AAUUAAGUUUAUGCAGAAUCAAGUCUUCAACGGACUCUUUAACAUACUUUAUCGACAAGUUUCGCUGCAUAAACUGGUUCUUUUUCUCAUUCAUCUACUCGUACUGCAAGAAUCUCACACAUAUUUCUUUCAUCAUAGUUGAAAAUGGGUUGCAUUUGCUGCUUUUCUGGAGAUGUCCUCGUCACCACGAGAUUUGGUGGGGUUAAAAGGUUAGACAAAUUGAAACGGGGGGAGGAAAUUUUAACGAUUUCGAAAAAGGGUGGGGUUUCAAAAUACACGAAAUUUUACGCAUGGGGCCAUCGCGAAGUGGAAAGAACGACCGAAUUCGUCGUGAUUAAGACGAACACGGGAAAAAUGCUGAAAAUUACGGAAGAUCAUUUACUCUUUGGGGAGGGACGCGUCUCAAAAAGGGCGGGAAUGAUUAAAGAAGGCGACAAAAUUUGCACCAUUUCUCCAGACUCAACUUUGGUAGAAGAAAUCGUCGUUAAAAUUUCCCUGGAAAUGCUGACCGGCGUCUACGCUCCAUUCACGAUGAGCGGCGAUUUCAUCGCGAACGGAAUCUUGGUCAGUUGUUAUGCAAACAUUGACAAGCACCACGUCGCCCAUGCAGUCAUGCUGCCGUUGAGGAUGUUCCACAAACUGGAUAAAUCCUGGAAGAAAGAGAAGACUCAAAAUCAGGAAGGGAUUCACAUCUACGCCAGAAAUUUGGCCAAAAUUAGGGAAGCUUUGCCACUCUGGGUUCAAACAACGAUUCAGAAGUGAAAUAAAAAUUACAAAUAAAAAUCACAAUCAAAUACAAUCAAAAUAUGUACAAAUUAAAAUAAUAUUUAGUAAAAUUAUUGUUAAUAAAUCUAAUCAAGUAUACAUUUAUACGUACAA